CUCCCAGAAUCUUCUGUCCACACCAAAGACCACACAAUCACUCUUUUAUCGCGUCCUUGGAACUGGUCUACCGAGUUCACCUCGAUCUUUAUAUCAUCACCUAGAACUGAUCUGAUAACGUCAACCUGUUUUCGGUAAACGCACAUAACGCCGAUGUCUUCUGCUCGAAUACCAUUCUCAAUAAACCGUAAGACGAUAUCGCAGACUAGACGCGCUUCACCGAAGUUUUGUAUUAACCGGUUGUCGGAGCUUGAGGCAGCAAACUCCUUUACCGUUUUCGCACAAGUGUCCACAAAAACCACAGCAUCAUCUAACUCGCCGCUUUCAAUGAUCCUCCAUGGCUCUAGAAAUAUAUGGUUAGAAUCGCAUAAGUGGAUGCUCAGGCUGCAAAGACACCUUCAUUUGCUAUCUGUAGAUUCUCAUACCCAAAAUAAAGGAAACAAAAAUCAAUUCAUAUAA